UUCUAAUUUUUUUUUUAAGGCGGAGGCGAGAGAGAGAUGGAGAACUCGGCUUCGGAGAAGAGCAUCUUCAUCGAGAGCGACGACGAUGACCACGUGGCGGACGCGGAGGAGGGGACGGCGACGGCGGAGGAGGGCCGUGCGAUGGGGGACGGCGACGAAUCGGACGGCGAGGAUUCUUCUUCUUCGUCGUCGUCCUCGUCGUCGUCGUCGUCUCCGGCGGAGAGCCCCCGCCGGAGUAGGCCGAGCUCGUACACCUCGCACCAGUGGCCGCAGAGCUACAGGCAAUCGAUUGACAUGUACAGUAGUGUGACGCCGCCGAGCAUCAGCUUCUUGGGCACGCCGACACUGAGCCGGCUCUCGAGCUCGUUCCUCAGCUCCUCAUUUCGAGGCAAGCACACGCCGGAGCAAUCGCUGAUCAAGCCGCUAUUGCCGACGACCGCCACAGCUGAUGAGGAGCAGCAGCAGCAGCAGGAGGAGGAGGAAGAGAGGAAGAGCUCACAGUCCCUUCUGAUUCCUCGCUUCCCUUCGCGGAGGACUUCCCUGCAGAGCAUCCCCGAGGACAAGGCGCGGCCGAAAGUGUCGCAUGAACUGCCGCUGCCGCCUCGCCAGUGCACCUACACUCAAGCCGUGAUCAACGGAAUAAAUGUCCUCUGCGGAGUCGGGAUCCUUUCGACCCCUUAUGCAGUAAAAGAAGGCGGUUGGCUCGGUCUCUCUAUACUCUUUUUAUUCGCGGUGCUUGCGUGGUACACAGGCAUCCUCCUUCGCCAAUGCCUCGACAGUCAGGAAGGCCUCGAGACAUACCCAGACAUCGGUCAGGCCGCAUUUGGCACUGUCGGUCGAAUCGCCAUUUCAAUUAUUCUUUACAUCGAACUGUAUGCCUGUUGUGUUGAGUAUAUAAUUCUAGAAAGCGACAAUUUAUCUUCUUUAUUUCCAAAUGCACACUUAGACAUGGGUGGCCUGCAUCUAAACUCUAAAUUACUCUUUGCCAUCCUGACCACUCUUGUGGUACUACCCACUACCUGGCUCCGCGAUCUAAGCAUUCUUAGUUACAUCUCAGCGGGAGGAGUCAUCGCAUCUAUAUUGGUUAUGAUCAGCUUGUUCUGGGUUGGACUAGUCGAUCAUGUCGGUUUUCAGAACAAGGGUUCUACAUUGAACCUCUCUGGCAUUCCUAUUGCCAUUGGAUUAUACGGAUACUGCUAUUCGGGACACGCAGUUUUCCCAAACAUAUACUCCUCUCUGAAGAAACCCAACCAAUAUCCCUCAGUUCUCUUUUCUAGCUUUGCAAUAUGCACUGUGAUGUUCGCCGGAGUUGCUGUGAUGGGGUACACUAUGUUCGGUGAAUCGACACAAUCUCAGUUCACUCUCAACAUGCCCCACAACCUGGUGGCUUCGAAGAUUGCCGUGUGGACUACGGUGGUGAACCCUAUUACUAAAUAUGCAUUAACCAUAACUCCUAUGGCGCUGAGUCUCGAGGAGUUGAUACCAUCGAGUCAUCGGAAAACACAUAUGUAUGCUAUCAUCAUCAGAACAGCACUGGUGAUCUCCACCUUGUGUGUGGCUCUUUCUGUUCCUUUCUUUGGACUUGUGAUGGCUUUAGUUGGAUCUUUUCUUACCAUGCUUGUAACUCUAAUUCUACCAUGUGCUUGCUUUUUGGGCAUUCUCAAGAGUAAAGUUUCGUGGCUACAGGCAAUAUUUUGUAUCGUGAUUAUCGCCGUAGGAGUUGUAUGUUCUGCCUUCGGCACGUACUCGGCUCUCUCGAAAAUUAUACAAAACUUGAGUUGAUUCUUUGUAUUAUCCUACUAUUAAGUUUCCUCGUAAAUCAAGGUAUUGUUGUUCUCUCUUUCUAUGGUGUUGCGUGCUAUUAUUUUCUCUGUAAUGGGAACUCAAAAGGCAAAACUAUCUGUGUGCAUCAUCUGUUUUGGGUGAAUAUAUCCAAUCAAUUUUUGACCAUAGUUUGGUUGUUCUUGAGAA